AAUGAACAAUUACCAGGCGCCAACGGCAAUCCUCCCUCUUUCCAUUACUCGUCUAUCCUGUUGUUGUUUUUGGUCCUCCCACAAAACAGGGCCAACAUGUCAGAUGCACUCUCCAUCGAACAAAACAACAAGAUCCGUGUGGCUCUGGGUCUGAAGCCGCUGCCAGUCCCCGGAUCCAACGCCACCGCUGGCCCUGUAUUCAAGGAACCUGACCACGACGACAGUGGCACAUCGGACGAAGAUGAGCCAGGGAGCACUCUGGAGUCACGACAGGCGCAGGCAUCAGAGAACUGGCAAAAACUCCAAGAGCAGGCCGAGGCUAAACGGCGACGGGAGGAGAAGAACACGGCUAUUAGGAAGGCUCGUGAGGCGGCGCAGCGGAACCUGAAACUCGAAGGGCCUACGCUGGGAGAAGCUGGCGGCGAAGAAUUAGAUACGAAGACGUGGUUACUCCAGGCAAAAAAGAAGCAAAAGAAGAUUGAGAGAGAACGGGCGCGCAAGCUCGCAAAGGAGCUGGAGGAACGUGAGCAGGCGGCUGAGUACACUGCUGCAGAUCUUGCUGGUAUCAAAGUUGGGCAUGAAGUCGCAGAAUUUGAAGGCGGGGAGGAGCAUAUUCUUACACUCAAGGACACUGCUGUUGAUGACGAAGAGGAGGGCGACGAGUUGGAGAAUCUAAACUUGAGGGAUAAAGAAAAGCUCGAAGAACGGCUGGAGCUGAAGAAGCGCAAGCCAGCAUACGAUCCCACACAGGAAAAUACUGGAAUCCUAUCACAAUAUGAUGAGGAAAUCGAAGGGAAGAAGCGGAAGAGGUUUACUCUUGAUGCUCAGGGGUCUACAGCAGAGGAAAGAGAGGCGAAACGACAGGAAGUUUCGGGAAAACUGAACAUGGAAAUUGUCAACCUGGAUAUUGCCCCCGAACCAGCUCCAGUUUCAGACUACAUGGACAUUAGCGAGAUCAAGGUUAAGAAGCCGAAGAAGAAGAAGGCGAAGACUACGAGGCAAAGACCUAUUGAAGAAGAAGACAUGUUCGCAACUACUGAGAAUAUGAAUAACCAGAUGGAGGUAGACUCCGUCGCUACACCUCGCAAGCCUGUAGCCGAUGAAGCUACGUUUUUAGAUGAUGAAGACCUCCAAGCAUCCCUUGCACUACAGAGACGAUCUGCCUUCAAAAACCGAAAGAGGGCGCGGCCAGAGGAUAUCGCGCGACAGCUUAGGGAAGAAGAAUCGGCUACUCCCAUGAAUGUUGAGGGCAUGGAAGAUGAAGACCAAGAGGAUCCCGGUCUCGUGAUCGACGAGACUUCGGAGUUUAUUUCCAAUUUACAUAGGCCUACGCUCCUGGAGCGCCGUGAAAAACGACGCACGCCGUCGGCUGUUGAGAUGCCUCCGAAAGAAGAGAAUGCUGUCAAAGAAGAACCUGUGGAGGAUAGCGCCGAUGUGGAUAUGGAGCGGACAAUUGAUAACAUUGAGGACGAAGAAGAUCUCGGGAGACGUAUCAAGCAAGAGGAAUCAGCCCAAGUGCAGCCACAGAUCAGCGUGACUGGUCUGGACGAAGAAGCGACGCUCGACCAAGGUCUCGGUAGCACCUUAUCUAUGCUCAGACAACGUGGCCUGGUGGCACAGUCGGACAGCGCGCAAAAUAACGCUCUCCUGCGCGAACGCCAGAAGUUUCUCCGGGACAAAAUGCACAUGGAAACGGAAGCUGAGAAGCGCGCUCGGCAGCAGCGUGAGCGUGACCGCACCUCGGGUAAGCUGGAUCGCAUGACAGCGCGUGAGCGUGAAGAAUACGCGCGAUGGGAGAACAAGCAGCGUGACCAGCAGGAGGCGCGACACAUGGCGGAGGUGUUUAACCGGGAAUACAAACCGGACAUUCAGCUCAAGUACGUGGAUGAGCACGGUCGGUUGAUGAACCAGAAGGAGGCAUUCAAGCACCUGAGCCACCAGUUCCACGGCAAGGGCAGCGGCAAGAUGAAGACAGAGAAGCGGUUGAAGAAGAUCGAGGAGGAGAAGAAGCGCGAGGCGAUGAGCACAUUGGAUAGCAGCCAGCAUACAGGCAUGAACAACGCGCUGGGAGCGACGGCGAGGAAGAACCGGCAGGCGGGCGUCCGGCUGGGCUAAUGAUUGCGGGAAUGUCUAAUGUCUAUGGGGUAGGGUAGCUGUACAUAAUGUCUUUAUUCCCAACUACGGAGUAUUUCAAAAAUCAGUUUUCG